AUGAAUCUAUACUAUUAUCACAUGGCUAUAAAACUGGAAAAGAGGGUCCGGUGGUUUCAAGUACGAAAGUAUUUAGACGAGAACUUCGGGAUAAAGGUGAACUCCAGCGAUAAUCACACCACCUACUACAGCGCGUACCGUUACGUCACGAAAGAAGACAAGGACGCUUUGCACUCGCCUUGCUAUCCAGAUUCAACGGACGUUCCUCCUCAAACCGAAUCUGCUGUUGCCACGAAAAAGAGGAAAGCGAAGGCUAAGCAACAGCGCCGUAAGUCUAAGAAAAGAGGAGGUGAUCGCCUGAGCACUUUUGACGUGUGUCAGCUGGUGCAAGCCAAAUCCAUAAGCUCACGCUUAGAGCUUGUGUCUUUAGCGGCGGCUCAAGUUAGAGAAGGGAAAACCGCGUUGGCCGAAUUUAUUGCCAACCGGGGAAGUAAAGCGGUCGAUGAGGCGAUUCAGUUAGCGAAGGAAUUUGCCGAGGCCGAAACACGUUUAAAUCGGUCUAAAAAAACCUGCAUUGAACUGCUAGAAGAGGAGCUGACCGGGGACUGCAUUGAGGGUUGUGAAGGGAGAUGGCUUACAGCUGCGGAAGAGUUACUCCAGCGCCACGAGAUCGAAAAGCGUUCAUUUUGCAAUGCAAUUUACAGUGCACUGGAAAAAGGUAGAGUGAAGUAUCGCAAUGUUUAUAUACAUGGUCCUGCAAAUUGCGGGAAAUCGUUUAUUGUAUCGCCACUAAAAGUUAUUUACCAGGCUUUCUCGAAUCCCGCCACGGGUUCAUUUGCCUGGAUAGGUGCUGAAGAGGCCGAGAUUAUAUAUCUUAAUGAUUUUCGGUGGCAUCCUAAGAUCAUCGCCUGGGCCGAUUUUCCGCAAGCUCUAGAAGGGGAUACAGUUCACUUACUUACUUACUUACUUAUGUAG